UCAGAGCCACAGUGUUUGGAGGAAGUUCGUCCUCAUCAAAUGUUUACAGUGACUUAUCUGCAGACAUAGGGUAGGAAAGGAAAGCCGAGGACGACGUCUGGAGAGUGAGCGAGAACUGGGAAGGGACAAGAAGCUACGGAGAAAGAAAGGGAAGGUCUAAGAGGAAAAAGGAGUAAGAAACCGCGAGCAGUCACACGCCCCAGACAGCCCAAGAGCGCGUUCGCCGUCUUCGGCCACAAGGGGGCACCCUUUCAACUUUCUUUCUGCAUCAAAAUGAAAAAGGGGGGCAAAGAGGAGGCAGAAAAGGCACAGCACUCCCCGCGCCAAGAACAAUUUGCAAACCCACCCCAUAAGAUCUGAAAUCUGGGACAAAGAACCGUCAGGACGGAACUGCCUCAAACUGCAAAACCUCAGCGCAGCCUCGAGAGGGGCGCGCGGGCAGGAGUCAGGAGCAGCGCCUUUAAAAAAGCGAAGUGUAGUAUUGGGAUUCUUGAAACCUGAAACCCAGAAACCAGCAUCGGAGCGGAAACCAGAAGGAAAACCUUGAACUCUUUCGGACAAUUGCUUCCGGGGAGUUUUCUGGAGCUCGAGGGGGAAUAAAGGACCCGCGAGGAGGGCUCCUCGGAUGGCGCGUCCCUGAGGGCGCUGGCGAGCUCGAGGCGCGUGGGAAGGAGCGGACCCGACCCUCUCCCCGGGCUGAGGUCAUGGCCACCGUGGAGCAGAGAGCCCUCCGCAUCGGCUUCAAGUGUCUCUCUUUGGCCACUUUUGUGCUCAUCUGCGCCGGCCAAGGGGGACGCAGGGAAGAAGGGGGACCCGCCUGCUAUGGGGGAUUUGACCUGUACUUCAUUUUGGACAAGUCGGGAAGUGUGCUACACCACUGGAAUGAAAUUUACUACUUUGUGGAACAGCUGGCUCACAAAUUCAUCAGCCCACAGUUAAGAAUGUCCUUUAUUGUCUUCUCUACUCGAGGAACAACCUUAAUGAAGCUUACAGAAGACAGGGAACAGAUCCGUCAAGGUCUAGAAGAACUCCAGAAGGUCCUGCCAGGAGGAGACACUUACAUGCAUGAAGGAUUUGAAAGGGCCAGUGAACAGAUUUAUUAUGAAAACAGUCAAGGAUACAGGACAGCCAGCGUCAUCAUUGCUUUGACUGAUGGAGAACUCCAUGAAGAUCUCUUUUUCUAUUCAGAGAGGGAGGCUAACAGAUCCCGAGAUCUUGGCGCAAUUGUUUACUGUGUUGGUGUGAAGGAUUUCAAUGAAACUCAGCUGGCCCGGAUUGCAGACAGUAAAGAUCACGUGUUUCCUGUAAAUGACGGCUUUCAAGCUCUGCAAGGCAUCAUCCACUCAAUUUUGAAGAAAUCCUGCAUUGAAAUCCUAGCAGCUGAACCAUCUACCAUAUGUGCAGGAGAAUCAUUUCAAGUAGUCGUGAGAGGAAAUGGCUUCCGACAUGCCCGAAAUGUGGACAGGGUCCUCUGCAGCUUCAAGAUCAAUGACUCAGUCACACUCAAUGAGAAGCCCUUCACUGUGGAAGACACUUAUUUGCUGUGUCCAGCACCUAUCUUAAAAGAAGUUGGCAUGAAGGCUGCACUCCAGGUCAGCAUGAAUGAUGGCCUGUCUUUCAUCUCCAGUUCUGUCAUCAUCACCACCACACACUGUUCUGAUGGCUCCAUCCUGGCCAUCGCCCUGCUGAUCCUGUUCCUGCUGCUGGCCCUGGCUCUCCUGUGGUGGUUCUGGCCCCUUUGCUGUACUGUGAUUAUAAAGGAGGUCCCUCCACCCCCUGCUGAGGAGAGUGAGGAAGAAGAUGAUGACGGUCUGCCUAAGAAAAAGUGGCCUACAGUAGAUGCCUCUUAUUAUGGUGGGCGAGGUGUUGGAGGCAUUAAAAGGAUGGAGGUUCGUUGGGGAGAAAAGGGCUCCACAGAGGAAGGUGCUAAGUUGGAAAAAGCAAAGAAUGCAAGAGUCAAGAUGCCAGAGCAGGAGUAUGAAUUCCCUGAACCUCGAAAUCUCAACAACAACAUGCGCAGGCCCUCUUCCCCACGGAAGUGGUACUCUCCCAUCAAGGGAAAACUCGAUGCCUUGUGGGUCCUACUAAGGAAAGGAUAUGAUCGUGUGUCUGUGAUGCGUCCACAGCCAGGAGACACGGGGCGCUGUAUCAACUUCACCAGAGUCAAGAACAAUCAGCCUGCCAAGUACCCCCUCAACAACUCCUACCACACCACCUCCCCACCUCCUGCCCCUAUCUAUACCCCACCACCACCUGCACCCCACUGCCCUCCCCCACCCCCCAGUGCUCCCACACCACCAAUUCCAUCCCCACCUUCCACCCUCCCUCCUCCUCCUCAGGCUCCACCUCCCAACAGGGCACCACCCCCCUCCCGACCUCCUCCUAGGCCCUCUGUCUAAAUCCCAAAGGUCAUGCUCUGGGUUCUCAGAAACUUUGGGGAGGAGGCUCCUCUGUGGUGUUAGAACAAGUCUUUCCAGUUAGAGGAGACCUCUGCUUUGGAAAUGAGUGGUGAUAAAGCCCACUGACAUUCACACACUUUAAAAUUGGUUUGUAAUGCCAGUAUGCCAACAAUUGUGAUCAGCGGAAAUAGAAAUCUUGAAAUGCCUGAAAACAAAUAAUGAGGCAACUACAGUCACAAUUCUAGUCAACCAACCAGUCUAGAAGGUUCCAGAGAGAGUGAAACUGCUGAUAUGCUCUAAAUGGGAUUGUGUCUCAUGGAGACCAAUAAGAAAAUCAUUUUUCUCUGAAGGUGAAAUGCAGAGUUGGAUAAGAAAUAACACUGCUGGGUUUCUAAAUGCUGCCUUUCCUCCUCCACUUUACCCUAGACCCUUGGCCUAGGCAUCAAGGAGUCCUCAUCUAGGAAGGUGGAAAUCCUUUGUCUACAACUUUAUGAAAACUUGAGUUUCCCAUUGUGGCGAAAAACUCAACAUCAGAUAGUUAUCCAGAAGCAUGCUUUCCUGAAGUGUGCCUCACUUUCCUUUCAAAUUCUCCCAGUUUCCCAGUGAGGAAGAGAGCAAGUGUCCACUGAUGGAAAAAAGGUACGUUGCCAUGUUGCUGUGUAAGUGAAAUCAGAUGUGUGCAUUGGCAUCGAGAGUAUUGAUGGGCGCAUCAGACAGUUUCUGAAACCCACAGGCCAUCAGCAUCAGCAGCUAGAGGUGACUGGCUGUGGCCCAACAGACAACAGCUUUGGCAAAGAAGGACCUGUUAAUGAUUCAGGUUAAAAAUCAAGAUUUUACUUUGGUUUAAAUUACUUGAAAUACAACUGAUUCAUUUUCCAGAUAUAAAAAUGAGUUGAACUCCCCAAAAUAGUGUCAUUAGCACUACCAAUUUUUGCAACUUUUUUUUUCCUUUCUCUUUUGAUAAAGUUUUGCACCAGAGACUUCUCUAGGUAGAGAUGAGAGACCAUCGUUCUGACAUAGUAAGGAUCAUGAAGCAAAAGAUUGACCCCAAAAGAGAUAUGUGUGGUAGAUAAAAAUAUAUUUCUUCUUGGCUUUUCAACAUAUCACAAAAAUCAGCUGUCAACCCAAGGGAAAUACACAAGAUGUGCAACACACAGAUGCUCUGCCUGAAAUUCCCAUCAUGCCUGGGAACCCUCCACUACAAUUCCUGGAAGACUUUCUGUAUCUGUUGUCAUUAAUAAGCCCUAUAAUUACUUUCUGAGCAUAGGGCUUCAUCACCCAGGGUGAUGCAUCAGCCUCUUCAAAAUUAUCUCCCCAUCCAGCUUUCUACAGGUCUUAAAAAUUCCUCUCCCAAACUGCCCAAAUUCUUAAAUCUUUCUAAUUAAACUUGGUGCUUUGAGCUUCCUCUCCAAAGAUCCUUCAAGAACCCAUCAAGCCAGUCUAAUUCUUUCCCCUUUCAUAGAACAAGGACUUAAAGACCUGGCAUGCAUUCCAUCAACACCAGUUCUUGUACCCAUAGCAGACUCAUCAAUCACAGCACUAUUCCCAAGGAGUCCUAGGAUCAUGACCCCAAAGAGCCACUCAUCAGUCAGAACUGAGAGAAAGAUGAACCCUAAUUGCCAACCCUAUUUUAGAAAUCAGAACCAAAUAUUAUGUGGGAGAAUGAAAAAUCCCUUGGGCAUGAAAAGUAUAGUCAGGAGAAAACAGAUCUACAUAGAGUGCCUUAGUGGGAGACCUUAGGCACUAAAUUGGCAGUGCCAACUCCAAACUGACACUUCUCCAAGCAUAUUUCAGACCAAGCUCUUCUCCCUGCCUGCCACUUCCAGAUAAUUUCCCAGACUUCUCAUAGAGCUAAAAUCAGAGAUAGCUUCCACAAUUUAUGAAAGCAACUUCCCUCAACUGCUCCCCAACCUGGCCAGUUUUAUCUAUUCGUAGAACACUAGGCUUCUUCUUUAGUGUAGUCCCUGAUGAAGCAGGGGCCAGAAUGUCUUGGCCACCUGCAGUGACACUGCUGGACUCCAGAAAACCAUUCCAUAAAAAGAAUGGAUUCCCCAGGCUCACAAUGCAGAGACAGUGAGCCUACGGCAACUGUUUUGACUGCUGGCAGUACAAAACGGUCGACCCCACACCACUGCAGCAUGACCCACUGUGGCACAAGGAAGUUCAAGCCAAGAUGCCAACAUUGUUGUACAGCAAAAUGGCAGACAUCCGGUGAGAAUCAGUGUUCAGGAUCUCCACAGCACAUCAAUCAGAAGCCCUGUACAGUUUCCAAGAUGUUGUUUUGGUGGACUUUUUUGAUGAAAUGGGGAACUGAAAAUACAUGAUGAAUAUGAAAAGGAUUAGCAGGGUUUACCCUUAAAACUGACUCAUCAAAUCACCCCUAGUUAUUUAGAAUUACAGUUGCAGAGAAACUUCUAUACUGUAUGAACAAGGAAAUAUUUUAAUAGCAAGAGCUAUUAGAAGCAAGAAAGUGCUUUAAUGGGUUUAUAAAAUCCAUCAGUACUUGUGUCACUCCCUGUAAAAGGCAGCAGACAUAUGAUUGUGAUCAGGAAACUGCACAAAAUAAUUUUUUCAAACCCCAUGUUAUUGUCCUUGUGAAAUUUGUUGGAUUUUGUUGUUUUUUGUUUUAUGCUAAAACCCAGCCUGUCGUUGUAUAUAUUCGUGUUCCAUGUGUUAGAUGGAAGCAUUUCCUAUCCAGUGUGAAUAAAAAGAACAGUUGUAGUAAAUUAUUAUAAAGCCAAUGAUAUUUCAUGGCAGGUUAUUCUACCAAGCUGUGCUUGUUGGUUUUUUCCAUGACUGUAUUGCUUUUAUAAAUGUACAAAUAGUUAAUGAAAGGACGAGACCCUUGUUUGCACAGCAUUAAUAAGAACAUUGAGUUCCAUGGUCCCCUCUGCUUCGACCAGCUCACAGUUUCUUGCCUGGAACUUGGCACAUACUCCAGUGAGAUACAAGGUCUCUCUUUUACCAAGGUCAAGAACAGAGCUGGCAGAUAAAUUAGUAGUCUUAGAUAUCUGGCUAUGGGCAUCCUCAUCGUAAAUAUCACUAGAAUGGGCAGAGAUGAUCUUGAAGUCUCAGUAUACACCAAAGUCCAAACACUGUAUCAGAUGAGGGAAACCCCAAAAAUAACUAAAAAAAAAUAAUUAUAAGAUAAUGAGCAACAAUUUCAGCCCAGUGCCAACUCAAUAAAAACAGUUAAUGCUGUGUAAAAUGGGUUGAAUUAGUUUGCAAACUAUAUAAAAAUAUAUACAAUAAAAACUCUGUUAAUGCACACCAGGUGGAAAUGAGGUGUUCUAGUCAAUUGCCUUUUCUAGUUAUCUGAGCUCUAUUAUGUUAUCAUACUUGAAUAACCAAUUUAAAAGAAUUAGAGUAUGACUUUUUUCAAUACACUUAACAUUAAACUCUUCUUCUAACUCUUUAUUCCUUCUGUGAGAAUUCAGAAGACAGUUAUGGAUCUCCAGUGCUCUGAGUCAUUGUUAUAAAAAUUCAGUUAUCACUGUACCAUGUUAGAGAAGACUGGGAAAAUUUGUACAAUGACAAACCAUGGAAGUUGCUUUUUCAAAAAAUAAUAAAUUCCUAAAAACAACUUUUUCCCUGAUUAUGUGUUGCUCUG